CGUAUUCUAUUCGCUUUUCCUCUAAUUUUCUACGUAAUCUUCGGUGCUGCGUGAUUUGGAUCCCGUAACUGAAAUAUCACUAUGGCAUCUUCAGCUCAGCUCCGGCUCAUGUCCGAUCUCAAAUCCAUAAUAAACGAGCCGCCGGAGGGGUGUAGUGCGAGUCCGUUGUCCGAUGCUAACCUGUUCGUCUGGAGUGCCACGAUCUUCGGUCCCGAUGAGACUCCCUGGGAAGGUGGAGUUUUUAGUUUGAGGUUGACAUUUGGCGAGAAUUAUCCCGAAAAGGCUCCCCGCGUUUGGUUUACAUCUGAAAUGUUUCAUCCAAAUGUUUAUCACGAUGGUACACUGUGCAUGGAUAUCAUUCAGGAUGCGUGGUCACCCUGCCACAAUGUGUCUACAAUUUUGACAUCCAUUCAGUCGCUUCUCACUGACCCAAAUCCAGCAAGUCCUGCAAAUCCAGAGGCUGCUCAGCUGUUUCAGCAUGACGUCCAAGCUUAUAACAAGAAGGUGCGCCAAUGUGCUCGCAGAUCCAUUGAAUCAUUAUAAAAUCUGUUGGAGACUCAUCUCUUAAUCCCUGUUUCAUCCUUCCAUUUCCUUUCUGGGGAAUUGUUAUGCUGCCAAAUUUCAUGCCAAUCAUUUGGUGCAAAUCCUACUUUCUGUGUAUUUUUGUUCGCCAAUCUUGAUUUCCACCAUAGUCUCAAGUCUUGUGAAUACUACUGAAAUAUCUCUGGAGUUCAGAAGUGAUAACAAAGAACAACUAUAAAUUGGGGUUCAAUUGGGAAUCACAUUCUUUAGACCUUUAUGAAUUGAUUGAUUUUGAUGGAUGUAGACUAUUACUUGACCUGUUAUAAGAUUGUGAA